GUAUAUAAAAAACAAAUGAAACGCGCGUUGUGUUUGUGACGUUAAUGAAAUUCUUUAAGAAUUAGUAUAAUGUAGUAGAAAGAAAUCUAACACCGAUUUAACACUAUUAUGAUAUUUGAUAUCAUCUGGGUAAUUUAAACAACACACUGUUGUUAUGAAGUCAAAGUUGUCUUAUAAAAUUAUUUGAUAAAAACGUGGCAGUGUCAGCAAACAAGGGAAAAUUUUAAAGCUUUUUUAAAACUUUAAUCAUAUUGUUGUUACGCUAUUCGUUCUAUAAAAUGGUAAAACUAAUCGCCAUCAAUUAAGCAACAAGUGAACAUCAAAAAAAUAUAGUUAUACCUACUUCCAAAUUUUGUGCGUAGCGCGUAAGGUUCGUUUUGUGUAAAAAUUGAUUUUUCAUUUUCAAUAAACGCGUAUAUAAAAUACAAAUUGCUUUAAACAAAUUAUACCAUUUUUAAAUAUUCAUAAUUAAUUGCUUUCGUUUUUAAUAAAGUAAUUAAAAGUAGAAUGAGUAUUGACGCACUCAGCAAUGAGUGGGACGAGCUUGGCAAGGAGUUCGUGGAGCUUGAGAACUGCAAUCGUAAAUAUAUUGAGUUAUUGGAACAAUUAUAUAGUCAUCAACAGAAAUGCUUUAAUGAAAUUAAACAUCAACGUUAUCGAAUAAACCAAAUAAAUGCAUCUUUGAAACAAUUCAAAAAACCUGAAGAAAAAGAAAAAGUUUCCGAACUUCAAAAAAAUACAUUAAAGAGGAAAGCUCAGCUAUAUGAAAUAGAGCAAUCUCUUCCUGCAAAAUCUGGACUUUAUUUAAGAAUUAUUCUUGGUGAUGUUAAUGUAUCUAUUCUAAACAGAAAUGACAAAGUACGCUAUAAAGAUGACUACGAAAAGUUUAAACUAAUACUCAACGUAAUAGGACUGUUGAUGGCAUUCCUUAAUUUAAUAUUUAACUACAGGUAAGAUAAAUCUAUAUCAUUG